AUGAAAUUCUUCUUCGCCAUUUCGCUGCUACUCGCUAUUAUCUACUGCAUAAGCGCUAUAAGCUCUGAACAUGGUAAAGGCGCUCAGAUGAGCCUUGGUCACGCUGAGUCCAGCAAUUCUGAUGUAGGCCAAGGAUCGCGUAGAGAAGACCGUGGCGUGCUUUCAGGCGCUGCAAAGGGCGCUACUGCUGGAGCUGUGAUCGGUGCAAUUGCUGGCAAAUAA